GUUACAAGGGCCCUUAAUGACCUCUGUAUGCUGAAUAUAUCGUCUGUGAUGUUUGAUUUGAGAACGUAUAUCGACUGCCACAGCUUGUACUCGAGCUCGUUGAGCUCAAACCUGAUCGCAGCGACGUUGACUAUUCAGCUUUACUUGAUGAACUACAAGAAUUCAUCAACGAUGUUCGUCCAAGCGACGAAUUCCUUUCCGAUGUUGAGGAGAUGUGGAGUGAUCUACAAGGUGCUUUAGAGGAAGAAGAGGAUGCUGCUAAGUUGAUGUUACUUACUGAUCAAAAAACCAUAGAUGUUAUCAUGCAAUUGGGAGAUCUUCUGGAAAAGUUGGAACCCUUCCUGUAUGACAACCCAGCCUACCAACAACUCCAAGAAUUCUUCAACGCUUUCAAGACUCUACCAUUUUUACGCGACUUGCUUGGCAUUAUUCCAGAUGUUAAGAUGUCCGAUUUAGUAAUUGCUCCAAACAAUUUCAAGGAUUUCCUUGUGAAAGAACUAGGAUUCUCCGAGAAGGUUGCAGAAGACUUACUCAACGCUAAAAUCCGGUUUGAUGAGUUUUUCAGCCCCAACAGCACUAAAAUAUCGGACAUUGUUUGCACAGAAGAGGAGCUUUCUCAGCUGCUUGCGUUCCCGCCAGGUUAUAACGUAACCGAUGUUAUUGACAAUAUUUGUAUCGGAGAUCAGAACUUGCUUAUUAACAUAACAACGGAAAUUAUAAGACAAUUAAACAUUGGGACUCUCAUACAAGAGCUGGUGACAGUUAAUAUCAACGACUUGAUUAACUCCACGAAAGGAUCCCUAGCAAAUAUAGCAGAUAUCGUAGAACAAUUGCAGCCACUUGAGGCAAAAAUGCCAGAAAUCAUUGCAGCCAUGGCAAAUCUAAGUAUUUCUGAUAAGUUUCCUGAUGGAUUGGGUGAGGGAUCGCUUAUUGGUUCCGCAGCACGCCAGACCAUGGAUGCCAUGACUGAGGUUGUUUGCGGUGAGUCUUCCAGUGACUCCAACGUUAAUGUGCUGGAGAGAACAUUUGGUUCUAUGCUUAAUGGUAUUGUGCAAUCAGACAAUGGUGGAGCAAGAAAAAAGAGGGAUAUAAAAAAAUCAAAGUCCAGCGACAAAAUCCAUGAACACCGUGUUAAAAGGGAAGAUUCUUCUGAGGAUACUGAUGAUAUGCCAAGUGAACUGCGUGAUGCAAAAAGCAGCUUUUGUCGUAGUCUAUACCAGCAAAUUCAUAACGGUGAAAACGGCAUAUUUGUUUGGGCCUACGUGAAGCCGAUAUUGCUGGGCAAGAUACCUUACGCACCGGACACACCAGCUGCAAGAGAAGUUAUAGCUGCGGCCAACAGUACUUUUGAAGAUAUUAUCGAAAUACAGUCGUUUGCCCUCGCAUGGUUGGAAAGUUCUGAAAUUCUGUCAGAUCUCUUUGGAAACACAGAGGAACUGGAAGACCUGAAGGCUACGCUUCAGAAUCCUUUUGUUAGCAAUCUUCUUGAAAACCAAGCCGGUUUGGCAAUCGAUACCCUCUUAGAUGCGUUGGAUUCUGGAUUAGUUGACGUAUUCAGUGGUGACGUCAGAAAGGAAAUUGAUACUUUGGCCAGCGCUGUGGUGGAUUUCUCUGAAUGUAUUGAGCUGGACAGAUUUGAGCCUUACGCCACGGAAGAAGAGUUAGAAGCUCGGGCUCGAGAACUCGAUAGUGAAAACAAGAUGCUGGCCAGUAUAGUUUUCACCAACCUUGAAGACCAAGAUACGUUGCCACCUCAUAUCAAAUACAAAAUAAGAAUGGAUAUUGACAAUACUCCAAAGACAGAUAGAGUAAAAGAACAAAUAUGGCGUCCAGGACCCAGUGACGAUUUUAUCAAUGAUCAGAGAUAUCUACGUGGGUUUGUAUAUUUACAAGACAUGGUUGACAGAGCAAUUAUUAAAUUACAGAGCGGUGAAGAAUCGGGUGACAUUGGUGUUUACUUCCAACAUGUACCGUAUCCAUGUUACACCUUUGACUUCUUCACGCAUUACGCAGCAUACCUGUUACCGCUUUUCCUGACUCUGAGCUUUGUUGCUAAUAUAGCUAUUAUGACGUUCAGUCUCGUUUAUGACAAAGAACAUGGUCUAGAAGAGCUGAUGAAAGUGAUGGGUCUCCGCGGAGGAAUAAACUGGUGGGCAUGGUUUAUCAACAACUUCCUACUCAUUAUAUUUUCCGAACUCAUGCUGGUUCUUAUUUUUAAAGUUGGCAGGAUUCUCAUCCACUCAGAUGCCAUUAUACUCAUAUUAUUCCUUCUGUGUUUUGGAUUCUCUUUAAUGUGCUUGUGUUAUUACAUCAGUGCAUUUUUCCAGCGAGCGACAAUGGCUGGCUUAUCAGCCAUACUGAUAUAUCUGCUCACUUACCUGCCAUAUGUAUUGGUUGUCGCUUUGGAGGGUCAACUCAACUUCUGGCAGUCAACACUGAUUUGUCUGUCGACCACCACCUCGCUGUGUUAUGGAUGCAGCUUACUGGCCAUCCUAGAAGAACAGGGUUAUGGAAUACAGUGGAGCAAUAUCGACCAAACGCCGAUUGAAAGCGGCGUAAUCACGUUUUAUUGGACCUGUGUCAUGAUGCUCAUUGAUGGCGUUAUCUACCUCAUCAUUGGUUGGUAUGUCAAGAAUAUUAAUCCCGGACGUUAUGGAGUGCCUCGUCCAUUCUACUUCCCAUUGAUGCCAUCAUACUGGUGCAGCUGCUGCAUUGGGAGUAGCGGAAGUAGUCACGACAAGUACAGACCAAGUGACCCCGCGGUGCAAGCCCACUCAAACCCAAUUUAUGACCUUGAAGGAGUGGAAGAUGGGGAAGGAAUCGAACAACCACCUGUUGGGUUAAAUGUCGGAAUAUCGGUGGAUGGGUUAACAAAGAAAUAUUCCAAGACCAAAAGUCUCAAUGACUUGAGCUUAGACUUUUAUGAAGGACAGAUUACGUCAUUCCUAGGACAUAACGGAGCAGGCAAGACAACCACAAUAUCAAUCAUGACAGGAAUCAUUCCACCAUCGUCUGGCACUGUUUACCACUACGGUGUUAACGUCAGACAUGUUGACAAGGUGCGAAAGAAUCUCGGAAUGUGUCCUCAACAUGACGCCCUCUAUGAUGACCUGACCGUGGCAGAGCAUCUAAAGCUAUAUGGCAGAAUAAAAGGAUUCAGUAAAUUAAAGAUCAAAGAAGAUACAGAGGAGAUUCUUGAAUCUGUUGGUCUACUCUCCCAUAUUAAUAAAAAAGCAGGACACCUUUCUGGCGGCAUGAAGCGUAAGUUGUCGGUGGCCAUAGCAUUCUUUGCCGGUUCACGCACUGUGAUUCUUGAUGAGCCUACCAGUGGGGUGGACCCAAUGGCGAGACGUGGAAUCUGGGACUUGAUUCUGAAAUAUCGCCAAGAUCGGACAAUUAUUCUCUGCACUCAUCAUAUGGACGAAGCAGAUUUCCUCGGCGACAGAAUAGCCAUCCUUGACCAUGGUCAGCUCCGUGCUUGCGGUUCAUCUCUGUACCUGAAGAGCAGGUACGGUCAGGGUUACAGACUCACAUUGUCCAAGAGUGACAGUCUCAAGUCUACGCCAGAGAAAAAACGGAAGGACACAGUUCUUACCUUUGCAAAAGAGAAUGAGUACGAAUCACUGAAAGAUGCAGCAAGCUCUACUGGAUCUACAAGUGGAGUAUCGACUGCAGAAGGUAGCUGUGACACAAAUAUUGUUACUGAUUUCAUUCAAACAAGGAUACCAGCCGCUAAACUGUCUGAAGACGUGGGUUCUGAGUUGACAUAUUCGCUUCCCACCACUGGAGGGCAGUUAGCAAAAUUCGAACAACUAUUCUGCGAUUUGGACGAAAGUCUGGAUUCAUUACACCUGUCCGGAUAUGGAGUUUCUGAAACAACACUAGAGGAGGUGUUCCUGAAACUUUCGGGUGUGCGAGGUGAUGGAGACGAUGUCAAUGACUUGUCUAAACCUGAUACGGCCGGUACUAAACCCAAUGGGGACGAGGAAAAGGUAAAGGAAAAUUGGAAACUAAGACGCUGGGACACAGACAACAGUGAUAUAUCAUAUUCAAGUGCAAGUGAGAAAGAGAACAACGAAAUAGGUGAGAAAAAGGGAAAGAAGAAGAAAGGUGCAAAUGAACGUGUCUACAUUGGUCCAGCCCUGGGAUUAAGACAGAUGCGUGCUAUGCUUACAAAACGUUUCCAUCAUGUCAAACGAGAUAUCAAGGGAUACUUCUGGACUCUUAUCAUGCCAGCCAUCUUGAUAGCCAUUGCAUUAAUUUUCACAAAGAUGACUCCACCUGUAGAUUAUCCAGCACUUCAGCUGACACCGGCAAUGUACCUCGAUCCUAACCAUGUCUUCUACAGUAAUUACAAACCAAACGAUCCAGUGACACAGACUCUAGUGAAUUCAUUCCUGAGUCCACCAGGUAUCGGCACAACGUGUAUGGCAGACGCUGAUGAAAAAGACAAGUACCCAUGUGUUUUUACGGAACGUGGAUUUGACAUAAACGUGGCAAGCCUUACACCAACACAAAUCCAGGCUAUGCAGCUGAAAGACCUCAACGCUCCAAACUGCACAUGUGAAGGCGGAAAGCAGACAUGCCCAGAAGGUUCUGAAGGCGCCGCUGUCCCCGAGUGGAUCACGAACACAUCAUCAAUACUGCAGGAUUUGACCUUUAAGAAAGAUAUCAAUGAUUAUUUAUUGCGCACAAACGGCGAUUACAUCGAUGCAAGAUACGGCGGUCUAACCUUUGGUAACACACAAGAAGACAGUACUGAACCUCUGAAUAUUGAAAAGGUUUGGUACGAUAACAAAGGUUUUCACUCGUUGCCCACAUUCCUGAACGUGAUGAACAACGUCGUACUUCGCUCUAAAGUAAAAGACAAUGGUGGCGAUCCGACCAUAUAUGGUAUUACCACGUACAACCAUCCUCUCAGGAUGACUAAAGAGCAACUCAGUGACGACGAUAUACUUGAAUUAGCCCGGGAAUACGGUGUGAUGAUUGUCAUUGUCUGUGCGUUCUGUCUUGUGCCGUCAAGUUUUGUUAUGUACCUGGUGAUGGAGAACAUGCGUGGUAUUAAACGGCUGCACCUGGUCAGUGGAAUGUCGCCGGGAAUGUACUGGUUUGCUAGCUACAUCUGGGAUCUGAUCAACUAUUUGCUGCCUACUAUAUUAUGCAUUAUACUUGUGUUAGCCUUCGAUGUUAAGUCGUACUGUUCUGAAGAUAACCUACCUGCGUUUGUUACCAUUAUACUGUUAUUCGGAUGGGCGAUUAUUCCACUCAUGUAUUUGUGUUCCCGUAUAUUCAAUGAUGCGGCAACCGCAUUCAUUGUAUUAUUCUGUGCAAACUCACUCUUAGCAACACUGACGAAUAUAUUUAAGCUGAUCCCAACCUCAGAUAAAAUGAACGAAACGCAAGCUUUAUGCGAGACCAUCUUCAAGAUCUUUCCCCAGUUUUGUUUUGCUAACAGCCUGAUCCUAUUGUCAGAUAAUCAGAUGGUUGCUGAUAUCUACGCCAGGUUUGACGUGUAUAAAUACCAAGAUCCAUUCAGUUAUGAAAUGUGUGGUUGGCACAUGAUAGCAAUGGCCGUAGAGGGAGCCUUCUUUUUCAUUAUUGUCUUAAUUGUUGAGUAUGCAGGCAGGAAAGGUUCGGAUGGACAUAAACCAGGAAGCUAUGUGACUGACAAAAGCACGGACAGUGACGUAAAUGCAGAGAGAGAGCGUGUAUCACGUGGACUAGCGGGCAGAGAUCUUGUUCAGCUGAAGAACCUUACAAAGGUUUACCGCACAAGUGCCAAGAGAAAUAUUGCAGUUGACCAUCUAGCCCUGGGUGUUCCUGGUGGAGAGUGUUUUGGUUUACUCGGUGUGAAUGGAGCGGGAAAAACCACAACAUUCAAGAUGUUGACUGGGGAGUUGAGUCCAACGGGAGGCAAAGCUAUUGUCAACUGUGAUAGUACCGGAUAUUGUCCGCAAGAAGAUGCUCUUGACGGUCUGAUGACCGGUGUGGAACACAUUUAUUGCUAUGCAAGAAUCAGAGGGAUCCAGGAAUCACAAGUUAAACAGGUUGCAAAGUGGGCACUGGGGAAGAUGCGACUCUCUGACGCUGGCAACAAGCUGGUUAAGAACUACAGUGGAGGAAUGAAACGAAAACUAUCAACUGCCAUUUCUCUUAUUGGGAAACCUGACGUUAUUCUAAUGGAUGAGCCCACCACUGGCAUGGAUCCAAAAUCGAGACGAACUGUCUGGGCCAAUGUCCUAAGUGUGAUCAGAGAUGGCAGAUCAGUUGUCUACACUUCUCACAGCAUGGAGGAAUGUGAAGCACUUUGUACAAGACUAGCCAUCAUGGUAAACGGAAGGUUCAAAUGUCUGGGAAGUCCCCAACAUGUCAAGAAUAAAUACGGACAAGGUUACAUGCUUACAGUAAAAGUUGGCGGUGAGAGCCCCGACCUCAUACCUGCAAGGAAUUUCCUGUCUACCUCCAUCCCUGGCGCUGUUUUGAAGGAGAGUCAUCACAAUGUUCUCCAGUAUCAAGUACCGAAUAAAAUCGGGACAUUAUCAAGAGUGUUCGGAGUUCUUGAAACAGAGAAGAGUCGUUAUGAUAUAGAAGAUUAUUCCCUUACACAAACAACCCUCGAUCAGGUAUUUAUUAACUUCUCGAAAAGCCAGAAAGACCCGAUUGAUGUUGAAGCAGGAAGAGACAAUAAUGGGUACCUUGGUGACGCUGAGGACGAAGCCCAGCUUGCAUAAAAAUCAGUUCCAUUUUAUAAUUCCUGCUAAUGUAACAAAAGAAGAAUAUUCAGAAAAAAUUGAUCAAUGCAAAAAAAGGAAAGCUUGUUUUUAAUUGUAAUAUAAACCAUUAUGAAAGUGUUGUAUAAUUCACAAAUGUGAAUUUAUUUUUUUAAACUUAAGAGCAAUAUUUUUUCAUAAUUUGUAGUAUAUAAUUGAGAAAUAAAAACAAAAAACACUGGACACUGAUAACAGUAAUUCCAUCAAGCAGUGAGCAUGUGUAGCACUUUUUAACAAAUGCUAUAUAGAUGCAUGGUGCCCCUCUCAAUUAUGCAAAUACCUACAAUAUUACAGUAUUUUCUCUAUUAUAAGCACAUGUUUAAUACAAGUGCAUAUAAACCAAGAAUUGCAAUUAAUGUAUACUAAAUCAUAGAAAUAUGGUUUAUUUGGCCCAUAGAAACGUAUGGUAUUUACCGGUAGUAUGUAUGUAAGCAUACAUGUAUAUGCUUUUAAUAGGGAAAAUACGAUAUAUUUAAUAUACAUCAUUUUUCAAAUAAGGAUAUGUUCAGAGUUUUCUCAGAAUUAAUCUUAACUAGAUGCAUUGGAUUAAAUUAAUUCUGAGAAUAUCUUUGAUAUGGAAAAAUUGGGGGUAUAUAUAUGAUAUAUUCAAAGAGGCAAUUGUCCUAUUCUGGUGAGCUAAUUUUUUCAGUCAAUGGGACUCAAAAUGCCUGAAAUGAACACGCAGUUACAGCUUAAAGAACUGAGUAAUUGUAAUUUUGUUUCAGAACAUGAUCCACAGUACUGUAAAUGCACUACCGGUAAUUAUUUACCAAGUUUUAAUUUUGCGGAUAAGUAAAAUCUUGUUUGUGAACUCAAAACUUGGUGAAUAUGCUCACAAUAUCAAAGUAAGUGAAAUUAAAUGCCAGUGCAUUUAAAUGAUUUUACAGUACACAAUAUACUUGCAGGUUUCAAUGUAUUAUUUUUGAAAUUGCGAAUAUAGAUAUAUUAUUCAGAGAAUUUUACACAGUAUUAUAUUCAAUGACAUUUUCAUUUUCUGUCCAAGCAUCCUCUUGAAUAUUUUUGGGGGGUAUUUUCAAGAAGGAGAGGGAGUCUUGGGAGGGGUAAGCAUUUGAUUGAUUGAUUGAUUGAUUGAUUGAUUGUUAUCUUUAUCAAUUUGUAUUCUACUUAUUCUGAUUGUUAUUUCCUUGUAUUUAAAAAAUUCCUUUUAAACAGAUUAUGGUUGUUUUUCAUCUUGACAAUAUGUUCAUAUUUACACCUCUGAUGCAAUUAUCAAUGACGUUUUAUCAAGAACUACUCAUUUGUUA